AUGGAUCCGCCUCCGCCUCUCUCGCCAAACAAGGCACCCUUCUCGCCUGGGAUGCCCAUCUUCCCAGCCAGUCCCGACCGCGGUGCUGGCUCAAGAUCUCCGUACGGCGACUCCAGGGGCUCAUCGCCAGUCCUCUCGCCCUCGACACCCAACCUCCGCCCCCACUCGCCCCUACGACACACACACCGCCGAACCGAUUCCGAUGUUUCCGUCACAGCCCUCACAGGCAUGUUCGAGAACCUCGAGGUUAAGGACCCACGGGAAGCAUGCAAGCGCUUCAAGGAGUUGCUGGACAAGGAGAGGAUACGACACGCGGAGAAGUUGAACAAGAUCGAGAAGGAACAUGCCAAGAAGGAGCGCGACCAUGAGUUGUCGUCGAGCCGACGCGACGUGCGCAUCGACGAGCUGAAGCACGAACUUGAGCAGACAAAGGAAUCACUUGCAAACGCCGUUACCAAGGAAAGAUUUGAGAAGAGAGUCCAUGAGAGCAAAGCUGCCAUUGACAAGUGGGCGAAGGCUUUCCAGGAGAACGAAGAGAGGUGGAAGAGUAUGGACGCCAAAGCUACGGAAGCAGCAUCGCGAGCCAAGUCCUACGAGGGCAAAUAUAGACACUGUAAGGCGGAGUACAUAGCGGCCAACAACGAGAAGCUCCGAUGCUCCGCAAUGAUACCGCAGCUUCAGGCCAAGAUUCAGAGCAUCCAGCGUAGCUUGCAGCGGGCCGAGUCAGAUGUCAAGUUCAAGACCGAUGAAGCCGCCAAGUACAAGAACGAGGUGUACAGCCUGCAGGUGGAGAUUGAGAGCGUUAGCAACCGACUGAACGAAGAAGUGCAGACACUGAAAGAGAAGCUUGGUCUCGUGGAGGGCGAGCGAGACGCUCUUAAGACGAGCUUGAAAGAAGAGGAGGUUCUGCGCAUCGCCGCGGAAGGCCAGAUACCGCUUCCAUCGGCCGACCCAGAAGAGACUGAUGAAUUCGCAUCACCUGUUCGAUCGCCACGCAAGCCACGCAACCUCGCACGCGAGGACGACGACAAGGAAAACGUGUCGCCAAAGAAAAACGCAGUUGAUCUGCGCUUCAUUCAGCAGGAGCUGGCAGCAGAGAGACGCGCUCGCGAACGUGCCGAGGAGCAGAUCGACUUCAUGAAGAUGGAAUGCCAGUUCCAGUGCUGCUCUUGCCGCAUCGCUGAGAACAGGGGAAAGCACUACGUCCACGAUGACUCACUCGAAGCCGAGAUGCAGCGCAUCAAGGUCUCGCUACCCAUCUCUACGCCCCCAGCCAGCAACCACGGAGACGAUGUCAUGGAAGGUGUAGUGAUCAGGCAAGAGUCUGUGGAGAACGAGCGUCCCAUCACACCGCCUGAGGAUGUUGUAGUCAAGACAGAGUCUGAGGAGCCCGAGACCGUUGUCGCCUUCUCUCCAGACACAGGAACCUUCCGCUCUGUGCCAUCACCUAUGAAGUCUCGUCCGUCAGCAGGCAUCGUCACACAUGCAGAGCCAUCACCUGUAGUCGAGAUGACCGAUGCACCAGCGCCCGACACGGUCGCUCCUGCCAACAUAUCUUUGCCACAGUCCCGUCCUGCAUCGAGAGUCGACUUUGUUCUUCCUACCCGCAGGGAGAGCAAGGCUGUAGACAUCAGCAUCCACGAAGACGCCGUCGACGACGACAGCGAGGACGAGGACAUGUCACCACCGACGCCCGACAGGGAGCCUACUGGGCCUACGACGCCCUACCUCACUCGCACUAUUACCACAACAACUACCAUCCCCCUUCACUUCUCCCCUGCCACUCCAGCGUUCAAGGCUGGCCGUGGGCCUAUGACUCCUUCGACUGUAGCCCACGCUGCAGCCAACGCACAAACCCCUGUUCUGGGUGAACUGUCACUCAACAAGCUAGGCAUUGACCGGGAAGCCGCACUCGCAGCGAUCCGUGAGCGUAGAGGACGUGCUAGAAGCAUGGCCGCUGGUCACGGAACCCCGAUGAAGCAGAUGGUCGAGGGUGUAAAGGACCGCAGAGACAUUAGUGCGCCUGUUACUCGGGUACGAAGUGUAUCGCGGAUACGGAGAUGA